GAUGGUAUACUUCUAAACCUUGCAACAGAUAUGAAGAAAGAUCCACUCAACAUUCCUGAACUACUAAUGUUGACAAGAAUUGUGAUAACUCAAGGUAUAGAAGAAACUACUCAAAGGAAUGUGGAUGUAGAAGAACUUCUAGCAACUGAAUUGAGAGACCUUUUAUCUUUCAAUAUUGACAAUCAAUGGUAUGAAAGAUGUAGAGGAUGCCAAAAGAAAGAUAGAGAAUAUACCCUGGAAAGAGAAGAAUUAUAUGAAUUAAGAAAAUUCCAAAUAGAGAAAAGAGAAAGAACACAGAGUUCUGAACCUGAAGAAACAACUACAACCAAAAAGAAGAAUCAAGUAAAGAAAAAAUCAACUGGACCAAGACUCAGAAGAAGAAAUAAUAAGGAAAGCAAACUUUGA